GUGUCACAUUUCAGGAAAUAGCAGGUGUGUCGCUCUGUUUAGAUUCAAAGCUUUAAAGAUAAAUACCGUGCCCGCCUAACAAUUUUAAAGCGCAGCUCAGCCUCUGCAUUUCUCUAAACCCCUUCUGUCAUUUAGACCACACCGCAACGCUUUCGGUAUAAUGAGCAAAAUUUCGAAGUUAUUUAAAGGGAGCUCAAGCUCCUCCAAGUCGAGACACAGGACAGGUGCGUCUCCGCAAGAGGCAAUCCACAAACUCCGAGAGACCGAGGAGAUGUUAACUAAAAAACAAGAAUAUCUGGAGAAAAAAAUCGAACAAGAAAUUGCAACUGCCAAAAAGAACGGGACCAAGAAUAAAAGAGCUGCACUCCAGGCCCUAAAGCGAAAGAAGCGUUUUGAGCAACAGCUGACUCAGAUUGAUGGAACCCUCUCUACAAUUGAGUUCCAAAGAGAAGCGCUGGAGAACGCCAACACCAACACGGAGGUGCUCAAGAACAUGGGCUUUGCUGCCAAGGCCAUCAAGGGGGUUCACCAGAACAUGGACCUGGAUAAGAUAGACUCUUUGAUGCAGGAUAUCACAGAGCAGCAGGAGAUAGCGCAGGAGAUACAUGAUGCUAUCUCCCAGCCAUUUGGAGAUCAGUUUGAUGAGGAUGAGCUGCUGGCGGAGCUGGAGGAGCUACAGCAGGAGGAGCUGGAGGAGAGCACGAAGAGCAUGGGCAGGCUGCCCAGCGUGCCGUCCACAGCCCUGCCCACCCGGCCAAGCCACCGGGCACACUCCAAGAAGAAGGUGGAGGAUGAUGCGGACAUGAAAAGGCUUGCAUCGUGGGCCUCCUAAUUCUUAUCAUCCUCACUAUAUACACCACUGCCACACUAUCAUACGCAAAGCCAGCGUUUAGCGUUAACUGUACAGCUAUAGAAGAAUAUGUGUUUCCCUUUGCUUGAAUGUUUAUGAUUUAUUAUUUUCUUUAUGUUGGGUAUGCACAGAAGUAACUUUGUUUUUUAAUUGUGUUUAUUUCUGUUGUGUGUCUAGUGUAGGAACCUAGAGUACAUAAACUCCUGCUUUAUGUGUACACUAAUAUUUUUUCAUGGUGAAAAAAAUGAAAUGAAGGAAUUGAUAGUUGACUGCAGGUGGUUGGUUGCUUAGAAUAAUGUAGUCUGUAUUUUACCUGAAAGUGGAAGGUCUAGGCCUGUGUUGGAGGCUGUCUUUU